AUGAGCCAAUAUUGGAGAGUCACUGAAGGAGAGAAGUCAGAGAAAAGAGAGAUUGUAUCUGGCCGUGGAAAGCAGGUUGUUAAGGCCGGUGAUCAUGAGAAACACUUUGUUUGCUCCAGCGACCAGUUACCCAGUGACCAGAAAAUAAUCAAGUUGUAUCUUUCCACUGUCAGUUUGAAAGUCUACUGUUUCUUCCAAAGUGAAAACAUAGAUUCUUCAAAGGGAGUUUUGGGUAUAUUUACAGCAGGAGGCCUGGCUCCCAAACUGAUCAUCAUGAACAGUACAUACCAUGACGGCUUCCACUUCAAGUUAACUCUGUUCGACAAUCAGGCUCUCUGGGUGUUGGACAUUCCUAGAAGAAACAUCACAGUAAGAAAAAACAUAGCAGCUGUAGAAGAAUGGACAAUAAGGAUCACAAUGCAUGCAGGAUUAAACAUUUAUGAAACUGAAGGGACCCUAUUGGAUCUUGUCCGAGAACCUAUUCUUCAGUGGAGUCUUGGAUCUAAAAUGACUGAAGCACUUGUCAAACAAUUGUAUCCACAUGUGACAGAUAUCCGAGUGGCAAAGUGCCCCUGUGCCAAUGAUGUGGCAUUAAUUGGCUUUAUUUUGAACUCGACACAUAAUGGUGUUUUUAUAGGAGUUACCAAUUCUGGAUUUUGGGAUUAUAAUAAAACCAAAUGGUAUGACCUGACAGAAAACAUCUAUUCACAUCUUAAAGACGAACAUGAAGGACUGACAUUGAUAGAUAUGGUGUUAACAAAUUAUUUUUUAGUCAUCCUCACCUCUUUGGGUCUUUUUGUAAGUAGUGAUCUUCGUUAUCCAGUCUCUACAGGAAUACAGCUUUCAAGAGCAGACUUUUGUGGUUUUGAAAGGGUUGACUAUGUCAAAGGAAAACUGUGGUAUAAUGAAAAAUGUUUUGCGAACAGAGAAGGUUUUGAAGCUGAUUAUGUUACCAUCACUUUUGACAGAAACAUGACCCUGAGUGAGUCCAGUUCUUGUUUUUAUAGUAAAGAACCAUUUCUUCGGUGGUCGCCUUGCUUAUCUUCUCCUUUUAAAACUGCAAAAUUUCUUCCACAUGUGAUAUCAUUUCUUAUUGACCAAGAAAGUGGUACUGGAAUUUAUCUCUUCCAUACUCGGAGUUCCAAACGAACCUUUGUUUCUGUGUCAGUGCUCAAGAAUGAGAAACCAAGUAUUCAACCAAAAUUUCCAAAUUUCCAUUUUCCCGCCUCAUUCUCUAAUCCAGUUGGAAUGGUGUUCCAUCCCCGAAGCCACUUUCUGUAUGUUUAUGGAAAUGAGGUAUGGCUUUCAUUGGAUGGUGGCAAUACUUUUGAACAAUUGUGUGACUUUCUCAGUAACUUUGUAAGGAAGACUGCUCAUUGUUUUUAUUCUUCAUCUAUAUCUUUUAUUACACAAAAUGGAAUAAUUUACAUGACAAAGGCAGGAGCAACAAGAUAUACUCACAGUGGAGAAUGUCUUGAUAAAGUUUUCACGAUGUACUAUGAUCACUUGGGAUUCUUACACAAACUGACCCCAGGACGCUUUGAUGCUGGUUCAUCCUUUUCACGCUCUGGAGUUGUUAAUAUUUUUGGAAAGCCUCCUGAUUUGGGAUUUGAUGCUGCACUGGCUCCACAGUACCUUUCUCCAAAGGAAAUGCUUUUCUUUGCACAUGUGCCUCUGACCACAUCUGCCAGCAGUAUAGACAGAAUGAAGUUCAAAAAUAUCCACCUUGGGAAACUGAUAAAAUUUGGUAAAAAUGGACUUGGAAUCAUCAGAAAAUUAUUAGAACAUACCAAAGGUCCUUUCGGAUUUCAGACCUCGGUUCUCACAGAAAUGGUUGAACCUUUUGGAAUAGAAUCAGAUCAGGAGAGCCAAUGCGUAUCUGCUUCUCUUUCUAUUUCACAUUUUAAAAACAAUUUUUAUCGCAUUACUAUUACAACACAAGAUAAUACAGUAAUCUUUAAAAAUUCAGAUAGAGAAAAGACCGUGGUGAGACCUGGCUACAGCAGCUUCCUGAUCACAGAAAUUGAAGAUUCAAAGAAUGCUUUAUCGCUGGCCACUAUGCCUCUUAUGGUGACAUCAACUUUGACCUUUCCAGCACAUUCUUGGUACUUAUUUGACUUUGGCACAGUUAAUGGACGGAAUUGGAACAUAAUUUUAAGACCAUGUAAUUAUUGGGUUCAACAAAAUGAUCGUGAUAUCAUAUCCCCCAAUGUUGUGAAGUAUAUUGAUGUGGGAAACAAAGUGAAUUAUGAGCUUAAGUUGAUACCUAAUACACGUGGUCUGAGAAUACUUGAGGUCCCACCAGUCAUUGUAGUUGUUGGAAACCCAUGGAUAUUGAACGUUAAGGUAGAAGGAUAUUUUGACUUCGUUGAUAGCUACCAUUUGAAGGUUGAGGUAGCUAGCAAUUAUUUCCAAAAAGGUUCCACCUCAAUAGGCCUAAUUAUAUGGGAAGCAUCGAUCGAGUGCCCUGUCACUACCAUGGUGCCCACCAUGAAGAGCAGCUGCGGCUAUCUCAGGGAUAUGUACUACAUUCCUUCACAACACAUACCACAUGAAGCCUGGGCUAGUGGCGUGCACAAGGACAGACACGGUUUCAACAUGAUCAAAACUCUGCCAGUAAACUACAGACCUCCAUCUAAUAUGGGAAUUUCUAUUCCACUCACGGAUAAUUUUUAUCAUGCAGACCCUAGCAAACCCAUACCAAGAAAUCUAUUUCACAAGUCAAAGGAAACUGGCAAAUUCAAACAGUGUGCUAAUGCUACCAAUCGGGAAAUGUGCAACUGCUCAGAGAAACAUAAGCUUUCCGAUUUUCUUGAUGUCUCAGAUUGCAAAGAAAAGGUUCGCCGUUUCAAGUUUCCAGUCACACAGUUACCAGUUGUUUUGGAAAUUCGUGAUGAAGAAAAAAAAUUCCUCGCGGGACCUCCAUAUUUGGUUACAAUGACUGAACUGAAUAAGAGGCAAAACUGGCAAAUAAAGCACAACACUCCACUAAGUGUCAGGAAAAUGCAAGGUUACUUAGAGCCCAUGCUUAAGACUGAAGUGUAUAAUCCUUUAGGGCUCAACCUAAGUAUAAUGGGCUCUGAGCUGUUUCACUUCAAGCUGUCUGUGGUUCCCGGGGUCACCUUUUGUGAGUUAGUAGAAGAAUUUCAGAUUUAUGUUGACGAAGUUCCAUUGCCUUUUCCAGGACAUACACUCAUUGCUGUUGCAACAUCUGUAGUGAUAGGGGGAUUCGUUUUUAUAGCGUUUCUAUUCCAACUGCGUAACAUCCACCCCCUGAGAGCAUUCCAGAGAUAUGUCAGAGGAAAUACUGUAAACUCAUCAAAUAUAAGUAUCAGCUCAUAA